AGCCCAGCAGGAGGCCCCAGCUCAGCCUUCAGAGGAGUGGAACCUUCUGCGAGCCAGGAGGAGGCCCCAACUGAGCCUCCAGGUCCUCCUGUGGAAACUGAACGUUCCCCCGGUGAGCAGGAGCAGCCAGCUCAGCCUUCUAUUUCUUCUGGGAAGGCUGAAUCUUCUCCAGCCCAGCAGAAGGCCCCAGCUCAGCCUCCAGAACAUCAUGAAGUGACAGUUUCACCUCCAGGUCACCGUCAAGCUCAGCAUUCAGAUUUGCCCAAUGUCACUAUUAGGCCUCCAGACAUGCAGCUCACUAUAGCAACAGAGCCUACUGCAGAGGUGGGAAGUUCUCCAAUCCACCAGGAGGCUACAGCUCAGCUCUCAGGGCCAGGGAAUGAUGUAGAACCUUCUGCCACCCAGCAUGGCGGUGCACCUCUGCGUCCAGAGUCAUCAGAAGAUGCUGGACCUUUAGCAGGUCAACAGGAGACUUCAGUUCAAUCUCCAGAACCUGUUAAUAAUGAGAACCCCUCUCCAACCCAGCAGGAAGCUGCAGCUGAGCAUCCACAGACCCCUGAGGAGGCUGAGUCUUCUCCAGCCCAGCAAGAGGCCCAACCUCAGACUCCAGAUCCCCCUAAGGAGGUAGAACCUUCUCCAGUCCAGCAAGAGUUCCCAGCUGAGCCACCAGAGCCCCCUAAGGAGGUUGAACCAUCUGCAACCCAGCAGCAAGCCUCAGGUCAUCCUCCAAAGUCCACUGAAGAGGUCAGUCCUCCACCACAGCAGGAGAUACCAGCUCAGCCAUCAGAGCCAGCUGAGAAGGUCGAACCAUCUCCAGUCCUACAGCAGACCCCAACUCAGCUUUUAGAGCCACCUAAAGAGGUAGAAUCCUCUCCAGUUCAGCAGGCAGGCCCUGCUCAGUCCUCAGAGGCCCCUGUGGUCAUAGAACCCUCUCAGACCCAGCAGAUGGCCCCAUCUUCACCUCCAGAGCUCCCUCAGGAAGUGGAACCAUCUCUUAACUCAGCAGGGGGUUCCAGCUCAGACUCCAGAGCCCCCUGUGGAGGCAGAACCUUCUCCAAUCCAGCAGGAGGCCACAGUUCAGACUCCAGAGCCCCCUAUGGAGGUAGAACCUUCAAGCCAGCAGCUGGUCCCAGCUCAGCAUCCAGAGUCACCUAAGGAGGUUGCAGCUCAACCUCCAGUGCAUGAGAUGACAAUUCCAAUAGCAGGCCAGGACCAAGCCCAGAUUCCAGUAUCACCCAGUGUCACAUUUCAACCUUUAGACCUGGGACUUACCGUCACUCCAAAAUCCACUAUGGAGGCUGAGUAUUCUACAACCCCAAGGAAGACUACAGCUCCUCCAAAACACCCUGAGGUGAUGCUUCCACCUCCUGACCAGG